AUGGAAUUCCGGACGACCCAGAAUGUCGAUUCUGAAGUGGAUCUACUGCUGCGUGAGAAAAUAAUCCACGAGGCAAGCGUACAGUUUGAGAAAAAGUUCGAAUUUCAACCAUUGCCACCAAAAACUCCACUUCCACCGCUAGAAACCCUCUAUCAAAGUCCACCGUAUGAUGUGGAUGCUCUGCAGGAUCAGAAGCGGCGUCUGAAUGAAGUAAAAAAUCGGCUAAACGAUUUUGAAAUAAGCGACUGGCAUCAGCACACCCGGAAACGAUCUUCUCUGUUGCCGAUUUUAAACGAACUGCGCUACCGAAUCAAGGCGGAGUUUGUAACGCAAGCCUUUGCCAAACUGUACGAAUGUGUCUCCGCAUACGAUCUGAUCAACACGGAACUGCGAGAAUUGUACAGUGUGCACUUAUGCGAAGCACCGGGAGCUUUCGUUACUGGGUUGAAUCACUACAUACGACUGCACUGUGCACCCCGUACGCAAUGGAAUUGGUUUGCUUGCACGCUAAAUCCUUACUACGAAGGAAACUGUCCGGGUAACAUGAUCCCAGACGAUCGGUUCAUACUGCACACGCUUGACUCGUGGUGUUUUGGAGCGGACGGAACGGGUGAUAUAAUGGUUCGGGAAAAUCGUAACACUAUCAUAAGACGUCGGCAGCGCUUUCCAUCGGUACAUCUAGUUACAGCGGAUGGAUCGAUUGACUGUUUGAACGUACCAGAAGAGCAGGAGGAGCGUGUCGCUAAGCUUCACCUAGCCGAAGCCGUGCUGGCACUCAGCUUACUUAGCCCCGGUCAGCACUUUGUACUCAAAAUGUUCACCCUAUUCGAGCAUUCGAGUGUUAGUUUGCUGUUCCUGCUAAAUCACUGCUUUGAUGAGCUACACGUGUUUAAGCCUUGUACCUCUAAACCGGGUAAUUCAGAAGUUUACAUCGUGGCCAAGUACUACCGGGAUCCGGACGGGAUCGAUCAGUAUUUGGAGAAAAUUUACACCAAUCUGCAUAACAAUUCGAACGCAAUAUUUGAUCAAACGACGGUAUCGGAAAGCUUUCUGGAGCAGCUGCGUAAUUGCACCACCCACUUUGUCCAAUGGCAAACAGACGUCAUCGAAAGCAAUAUUCGAUUCUAUCGUACAAGCGAUCCUCUCGAAGACCAAAGACUGAGCAUAUUUAAGCAAACCAUCAUGGAGAUGUUUUUCAACCGGUAUCGUAUUACACCAAUACGCAACAGCGAGCGAAUCGUACGCGGUGUUAAAGUGUCCGGACCCAACAUUAAUCAGAAAGAAUCGAGAGGUACAUUCAACGAACGGGUCCAGCUAGCAGCUAACGCUGCUGCGAACCUAACGGAAAGGUUACGCUCACUGCUCGAUCGGUUAGACUACUUCACCCUAACACGUCAACUGUUUCAGCCGUUACUAAGCAAUACUCCGUUGAGAGGAGGUCUAGAGAAUGGUUUUACCGUACAUCACGAACUGGGUUUUGCCGUUGGAAAACCUAUCGAACGGGUAAAAAGCUCCAAAUUCGCGCUUAUUACCUGUAUUCGACUAUUAAACGACACAGUUGAUUUGUAUCGCAUGGUAAUAAACGCUGGAAAGAUGUCGUGUUCCGCAAACGAUCCCGUAACCGUGAGCGGAAAUAUCAUCUCGAUCGAUAUAAAUUCCUACCCCUCGAUCACGGAUAUCGCACAGCACGAAAAGGAACUUUUUCGCACGAUCGUUCGAACGCUGUUUCAACUAAUAGAACAAAAUUGCAUCCCAUUACCAUCACGUGAAUGUGCACUAGAGUUAAUCCUGGAAAAUUGGCUUCCUCUUACACAGGUUAGUGUGGGUUUGCUGUACCUACUGAAGCUGUACGUGUUUGAAAACGUGGAACUAAUGUCACCGACUCGUCUCAUAUUUCGAGGCUUACGACAAAGCGGUUUUAAAAGUCUGGUCGAAAUUCACGAAGCUGUUCUGAAGGCAUACAGCAAAGCUUCGAAUGCGCCCGGUGCCACCAAAUCGGUUCUAGCGAUCGUUCCAAUUACAUCGCUACUCAAUGGUGACUUUCACUACGCUAUGUUGAACUAUAACAGUUCACUCUGCUUAAUUUAUUGCGCUCGAUUAUUGCAAGUGCUUAAAAUGAACAUCGUCUGA